GCAUAGUGCAAGUGAUUUAAUUAACAUAAAUAAUCAUAUAUGUUAACUGUGAUCAAAUUCAUCUAACAGAAAAUUUGUGGAUAAGUAAAUAUGAUAUCUUCGUGGUACUAUGUUGCUGCAUCCGUUGUCUUAUUUAUUGUUUAUUAUCGAAAAUGUCGUGAAUGUGUUUGGGGAAGAUGUAAGAAUACGAGUAGUUUACAAGAUAGAGUUUUUAUCGUAACAGGAGCUAAUUCUGGUAUUGGUAAGGAAACUGCAAAAGAAUUAGCUAAAAGAAAAGCUACAGUUGUUAUGGCUUGUCGAAACAUGCAAAAUGCCAAAAAUGUUAUUUCUGAGAUACGUCAUCAAAUUUCUAAUGGUGAACUGAUUCCGAUGGAAUUAGAUCUUGCAUCAUUUUCAUCAAUCAGAGAAUUUGCCGCUGAAAUUUUAAAAAAUUUUCCUAAAAUUCAUGUAUUAAUUAAUAAUGCCGGAGUAUACAGACCACUUAGGGAUCGUGCGUUUACUGAAGAUGGAUUUGAAAUUCACUUUGGUGUUAAUUAUCUUGGACAUUUUUUAUUAACCAAUUUACUCAUAGAACGUCUUAAAGAGAGUGCACCUAGCAGAGUAGUAAUUGUAACUUCUAAACUUCUGGAAUCAGGUGUUGUUGAUUUUUCUAAUUUAAAUGGUGAAAAAUGUUUAACGAUUAAGACACGUAUGAAUCCAUUUUAUUCUAACUCUAAAUUAGAGAAUAUGUAUUUUGGCAUAGAACUUGCUCAAAGAAUGAAAGAACACAACGUUAAUGUUUAUAUGGUUUGUCCUGGAUUUGCUUAUACAGGAUUAUUCAGACAUGUUAAACGAAGUUUAUACCAUUAUAUUUUGUUCAUGCCAAUGGCUUUAUUAUUCUUAAGAACUGCAAAUCAGGCUGCGCAGACUGUGUUACAUUGUGCUAUUGAACCUUCUUUAGCCAAUGAAAGUGGACAUCUUUAUCGAAAUUGCGAACUUUAUGAGCCCAAUAAGCAAUUCAGUUCCGAUAUAGCGCAUGAAUUAUGGGAAAAAAGUGUUGAAUUGACUGCUUCCAAAGAGACUGCUAAAUAAAUCAUGUUUUGUCUGAUUUACAUCAUUUUACUGUAAAUGAUUUGGCUCAGUCAAAUUUUAUUUUUGUAUAUAAAUGAGUACUGUAAUAGA